GCUGGCGGAUCAGGUAAGCGCUGUUAAUUCAGACCGUCUCAAACAGAGCAAGAACAGCUGAAUGACCGCGAUGUGGACUUUAUUAAGCCAUAUAAGAUACGUUUAUAAACACCACAUUAAAGAAAUGAUGUGAGGCUGUUGACGGAAUAUUUUCACCGGAAGUUUAUUCCAUAUCAGGCUUGAAGUUGUGACGCUUCGCUCGUGUUUCAUCAGCCAGGAACAUUUGGCUUGACUUUAGAUUUCAGUGGGAAUUAAGGAACUGGCAUCCAGACAUGUUGUCAGGGGAGGAGAUCUUAUGCAGUACGCGACAGGUGAUCGCAGGGUUGGAGGCUUUGCGUGGGGAGAACCGAACGCUGCUGGACAGCCUGCAGGACACACUUCAGACCCAGACAUGCAGUGACAGCAGCAGUUUGGAACAGGAAAAGACCACUAUCAUUCUGGAGUCUCUGGAGAAGAUUGAACUGGGCUUAGGGGAGGCACAGGUGAUGAUGGCCCUGUCAGCACACCUCGGGUCUUUGGAGGCAGAGAAACAGAAGUUGCGUGCUCAGGUGCGGAGGCUGUGUCAGGAGAACCAGUGGCUGAGGGACGAGCUGGCUCGUGCUCAACAUCAGCUCCAGGAAAAAGAACAGGAAGUGGUUACUUUAGAGGAGCAGAACAGACAUCUGCAGUUCAUGAGCAGCAUUCGUAAAUAUGAUCAAGAAGAGAUGCCUUUGGAAGAUACAGAUAACAUACCAGGCAAGGAAUCCCUUGAUGAUCUCUUUCCUACAGAUGAGGAGGUGCAGUCUCACAUGUCACAGCCCCACAGCAGAGCCGCCGCCGCUGCCCAGCAGGGAGGUUAUGAGAUCCCUGCCCGACUCCGAACACUGCACAACCUGGUGAUCCAGUACGCCUCUCAGGGCCGAUAUGAGGUGGCCGUGCCGCUCUGCAAGCAAGCUCUGGAGGACCUGGAGAAAUCCUCAGGCCACACCCAUCCAGAUGUUGCUACCAUGCUCAAUAUCCUGGCUUUAGUCUACAGGGAUCAGAACAAAUAUAAGGAAGCCGCCAAUCUCCUGAAUGACGCAUUGGCUAUCCGUGAGAAGACACUAGGCGUUGAUCAUCCAGCUGUGGCAGCUACUCUGAAUAAUCUGGCUGUGCUGUAUGGAAAAAGGGGGAAGUACAAAGAGGCAGAGCCGCUGUGUAAAAGAGCUCUGGAGAUCAGGGAAAAGGUGCUAGGGACGGACCACCCUGAUGUAGCCAAGCAGCUGAAUAACUUGGCCCUCCUAUGUCAGAACCAGGGCAAAUAUCAGGAGGUGGAACAGUACUACGAACGCGCCCUGCACAUUUAUCAGAGCCGACUGGGACCCGAUGAUGCAAAUGUGGCCAAGACAAAAAACAACUUGGCCUCAUGCUACCUCAAGCAGGGGAAGUACAGGCAGGCUGAGGCUCUUUAUAAGGAAAUUUUGACCCGUGCUCAUGAGAAAGAGUUUGGAUCGGUGGAGGGGGAUGGCCGGCCGGUUUGGAUACACACAGAGGAGGGAAGCUCUAGACAGGAUGGUCUGGGGGGUCUAAAGCGCAGCGGAUCAUUCACCAAACUCCGCGAAUCCAUACGGCGAAGCAGUGAAAAACUUGUUCGGAAGCUAAAAGGAGUUGAAACCCAGGAAACAACCCCUCGAGCUGCUGGAAUGAAGAGAGCGAAUUCCCUCAACGUGCUUAAUGUGGGUGUAAGGGAAAGCCAAGAAUCCAUCAUGAUGUCCAGCAGGUUGACCGAAACACGGGGGCUGAGCUCCAGCACCCAGAGCUUAGCCCGCCGCGCGUCUUUGAGCGGAGACAGUUAACCUUAACUCCCAAAGGAUCCAUGUGACAUGCUAUCAACCUUACAUCUAAUUGCUACAGUAUGUGAUGUCUACAGAGAUAAUAUGAAGUAUAUGAGAAAUGGUAUGUGAAUGAUAAAUGUGGGUCAAAACAUAGUUUUGUAGUAUCAUACACGUAGCCUGUGAUGCACUUUGAGCAAUGUUUACUUUUGUAGCAGUUUUAAAAUCAAACAUAUACAGCUCUCUGUAAUCUUAAAAUGAUUUUGAAUUGCACUUAACGGAAGAAUCCUAAACUAAAGGCACAUUAAGGAUGUUACGUUCCAAAACGAAUGAAAUUCCAAGUCAAACAAUUGUAGUACUAUAAAUUGAUUUUGCAAUUUCAAGCACAUAUUUUAUUACAAUCUAUCUGCUACACUAAAGUUCAAUGUUACAUAAUGUUAACUGCAUUACAUUCCUGUUUAAAGUUACAUAUUCCAUGAAGAACAUAUUUAUGCAUUAUUUGUUGCUGAUGAACCAAAUAAAAUC